AUUUUCGUCAUCAUUACGAAGCACCAAAACUCCAAAAAGAGAGCGGACAGCCUAACCACGGAUCGAGGAGACCAAGAGAUCGCCUACGAAUUGCGGCUUGGCCUGCUUCAGCUUACGGCUUUCCUCUCAAAAUUACACUAUCAUUCAACCUAAAUUCAAUUCAAAAUUUUCGAACCUGAUUCGAUUGUCGAACUAUUGCAGCUCUUUCGAUCUCUGCUCUCCUAACUCUAAUGGUAAAAUCACGGAUCAAUUAUCCCAAAAAGUAGCUUAAUUUGAUUUUUGAAGAAGAAAGCUGGGAAAUUAGGGUUUAAGGAUUGGUAAAAUCCAAGGAAAUGUUGUCCAAUCAUUUCCAAAACGGUAUGGAAACUGCGAAACUGGUGUGGUCUCGCCUUCCGAAUUCGGAGGAGGGAGAAUUGGAUGAGGUUGGUAUUUCUAAGAAGAGUGAUUCUAAUGGUGUCGAAAGCCUUGAUUACGAAGUUAUCGAAAAUUAUGCUUAUCGAGAAGAACAGGAAAAGAGAGGGAGAUUGUUUGUUAGUUAUCAAGUGUCGUUGAAGUGGUUUCUCGCUUUGUUGAUCGGCAUUGGCACGGGACUUGCUGCUAUAUUUAUAAAUAUCUCUGUUGAAAACUUUGCUGGGUGGAAAUUCGCAUUGACAUUUGCAAUAAUUCAGAAGUCAUAUCUAGCUGGACUACUGGUUUAUGUAAUUUUCAAUUUAGCUCUAGUUUUUUCCUCUGUAUAUAUAGUUACCCGUUUUGCGCCAGCUGCAGCUGGAUCUGGUAUUCCAGAAAUAAAGGGCUACUUGAAUGGAAUUGAUGUCCAUGGCAUACUUUUAUUUAGAACUUUAGUUGGUAAGAUUUUUGGAAGCAUUGGUUCAGUAGGAGGUGGAUUAGCUCUUGGUAAAGAAGGCCCUCUUGUUCAUAUUGGUGCUUGUAUAGCUUCACUCCUGGGACAGGGUGGAUCUACAAAGUACCAUUUAAGUUCCAGAUGGCUUCAAGGUUUUAAUAGUGAUAGAGAUCGUCGGGAUCUCGUUACCUGUGGAUGUGCAGCUGGAGUUGCAGCUGCUUUUAGAGCUCCUGUUGGGGGUGUCUUGUUUGCACUCGAGGAGGUUACUUCGUGGUGGAGAAGUCAGCUUAUGUGGCGUGUCUUUUUCACUUCUGCUGUUGUUGCGGUUGUUGUACGUACCGCAAUGGCAUGGUGCAAGAGUGGAAAAUGCGGACACUUUGGUGCUGGUGGCUUCAUAAUAUGGGACAUUUCAGAUGGUCAAGAGGAUUACUCAUUUGCGGAGUUAUUGCCAAUGGCAGUUAUUGGGGUGAUAGGUGGUCUUCUCGGGGCGUUAUUCAACCAACUUACACGUUAUAUAACUUAUUGGCGCCGCAAUUAUUUGCACAAGAAAGGGACACGAGUUAAAAUCAUUGAAGUCUGCCUUAUAUCAGUAAUUACUUCUGCAAUUUCUUUUGGGUUACCACUUCUAAGAAAAUGCAGCCCCUGUCCUGCUUCGGAGGUUGAAUGUCCCAAUCCGCCAGGAAUGUAUGGGAAUUAUGUAAAUUUUUACUGUCGUGGUGACAAGGAAUACAAUGAUCUAGCAACCAUUUUCUUCAACACUCAGGAUGAUGCUAUAAGGAAUUUAUUUAGUGCCAAAACGAUUCAUGAGUACAGUGCUCAAAGCUUGUUAACCUUUUUGGUCAUGUUCUACACUCUGGCAGUGGUCACAUUUGGAACAGCCGUUCCUGCUGGUCAGUUUGUUCCUGGAAUAAUGAUUGGAUCAACUUAUGGUCGUCUUGUUGGCAUGUUUGUUGUCAACUUCUACAAAAAGCCGAACAUAGAAGAGGGCACAUAUGCUCUUCUGGGCGCGGCUUCGUUUUUAGGAGGCUCAAUGCGGGUGACAGUGUCUCUUUGUGUCAUCAUGGUCGAAAUCUCGAAUAAUUUGAAGUUUCUACCUCUUAUCAUGCUAGUUCUUCUUAUAUCAAAGGCUGUUGGUGAUGCCUUCAAUGAUGGAUUAUAUGAAGAGCAGGCUCGUUUGAGGGGUAUCCCUUUGCUUGAGUCAAGACCUAAAAACCAAAUGCGGAAGAUGACUGCAAAAGAGGGUUGUCGGACUCGAAAGGUUGUUAGUCUUCCCCGUGUUAUCAGGGUUUCAGAUGCGGUUGCUAUUCUGAGAUGCAACAAGCACAAUGGCUUUCCUGUGAUAGAUCACACUAGGAGUGGAGAGACGCUCGUUAUAGGACUCAUGCUUCGGAGUCACUUUUUGGUGCUUCUUCAGUCCAAGGUGGAUUUCCAACAUAGCUCUUUGCCUAGUGACUCAAGAGGUGGAUCCUUCCCAAUAAGACAUAACAAUAGUGAAUUUAUCAAACCAGUUUCAAGUACAGGCCUUAGCCUUGAUGAUAUUUAUCUGAGUCAGGAUGACUUAGACAUGUACAUAGAUCUCGCCCCCUUUUUGAAUCCAUCACCGUAUAUAGUCCCUGAAGAUAUGUCUUUGACAAAGGUCUAUAAUCUCUUCCGCCAAUUAGGAUUAAGGCAUGUAUUGGUUGUCCCUCGGCCUUCUCGUGUAUUAGGUUUAAUUACACGAAAGGAUUUGUUAAUUGAGGAUGAUGAUGAUUCGGACACAGAACUUCAAUCGACUAGUGUAAGAACUCAAUACCGUAAUGUAGGUUCAGUAUCGAGAAGUGUGGAUGUGGAGCAACCACUUCUAAAUGGUCUUCUGGUGCAAAAUAAAUAAUAGCAGUAAUAUCACCUAGGUUUUGGUAUCUCCUGUGAAGGCUAGAGGUCAUUCUCUGCAUUCUUGAAACAAUUUUUUGUUACUUCCAAUUUUCAUUUUUUCCUGUACAUGUGGUCAAGUGCUGCAAAGUAUAGCAAAAACAGGUUCUGUGAGCUCAUAUGGACCUGAAUCACACGCAUUUGUGUUGUAAAGUGUAAAAUUGUAAAACAGACUGACAAAGCUUAUAGAAUGAAUUUAUUUAGAAAGUUUUGAAUCA